AUGACAGAGGCAAAAGCAGUAACUACUUCUAUAGCCAACCAUUUAAAACUAUCAGUAGAGAAUUCACCUAAAGAUUCAGACAUUGAGCAUCAACAAAUCAUGUCAACAGUUCCUUAUUCCCAAGUUGUGGGAAGUUUGAUGUAUUUAAUGGUGUCUACAAGACCUGACAUUGCCUAUGCUACUAGCCUGCUAUCAGACAGUGAACCAGAGCUGGUUGGUUAUGUAGACUUAGAUUAUGCAGGAGAUCUAAACAAGAGGAGGUCAUUAUCGGGGUAUAUCUUCCUAUUUGGAAUGUGUAUCCUAAACUGCAAGGCUACCUUACAAUCAGUAGUAGCCCUUUCUACUACUGAAGCAGAGUUUAUAACACUAUCAUAA